GUCAUCGCUAGCGUCGCCAUUUUGUACAACAGUUGCAGGUGACGAUUCUGUCCAACCUGUCCAGCAUCGCGCGCGCGAACGUACUUGUUUUGCUGGGUUGGCUGUAAAAUACCUAGUGCUUAAUUUUUAUCUCAUAUUAUCGAAGCAGUGACAAUGGUGCAAAUGUUGUGAUUGCAGCAUAAUCAAUAGUUCCAAGUCGACGUGAAGCAUGAUUUCUGGCAGUGUUUCUCCUCAAUAAUCCGGAGGAACAAGUAUGAUGUAAACAUUGUGAAAUGGCUAGAACCCUGGUGUACAAGAGAGCCUUGGAUGCUGUACUUGCUGACACACAUGCAAGUACAAUGCAUGAUGUACAAGUGCAAGAUGGGAGAAAAAUUAAGGAAGAACCUAUUGAUGAAACGUUAAGUACUGGUACGUCCAAAGAUUACAUAAUGAAAAAGUGUUGUACAAGGAGUCAUGAAGAAACAUUAUGCAAUAGUAGUUUGCGUGUAAAUAUUAGUAAUAAGGAAAAUGAGAGUGUAUCUAAUAAUUGUCCUGUCCCGUUAGAAGAUGUAAAGAAAUCGUAUAAUUUAAAACGGAAAGGGGCAGCAACUAAAAGAAAACAGAUUGGGGACAAUUUGUCUGUGCCCAAGAAAAAACGAAAACAGUCUAUUGAAAUGUUUAGUAAAAACAAGAAUGUAUUGCGUAAGUCUGUAAUUAGAAAUUUGCGAAAAAAGGGUGAACGGAAAUGUGUGAUACAUUUGAAAAGGAAAACAAGAAAACAAAAGUUUUCGUGCGAUAUAUGUUUUAGAGAGUUUUCUUCACUUUCAAAUUACUUUCUUCAUAAACAGUAUUUCGACUUCAUUGGAAAUUAUAAAUGUAGUAUUUGUAAAAAACAUUGUGCAACGCGCGAAAAACUACAGGCGCAUCUUGCAGGACAUCGCAAAAAUAUGCGCUCUUCACAUGUCUUGUAUUGCAACUUCUGCGAUCGAAAGUAUAAAGAGAAAUUACUUUUACAAUCUCAUUUGUUUCAUGCACAUGGGGAAUUAAUAUGUUCGAAAAACACAACUAAAUCGGAUAAUCUUAGAAUGGCGAAUCUUACAUCUGGAAAUACAUCUUAUGAAAAUGAUGUUUUGUCAUUGGAACAAGAAGAAUCAGUAAAUUCAGAUAAUAAUGCUAUUAGGACAGAGAAGUCAAAUAUUCCACUUAUAAACAACGCGAAGAAAGAUUUGUACGAGGAGAUGUUAAAAACUGAAGAAUCGAUGGUUGAAAAGUCAUCCAAUAAUGAAUUGUCACCUACGAAACAAUUACGACAGCCAACAUUAGCGGAAUAUCUUGCACUUCGUAAAAAGAAAUGCGAUAUUAAACCUACUCCAAAUAAAUUGGACACGUUGAAAGAUCAUCCUCCUACUUUUGCUUCACAUCAUAAUGAAAAAAUAGAAAAUGUAAAACUAAACUUUUCAAAAGAAUCUAAUAAACAACUUAGUUCUCCAGUUAGACGAUCAAGUGAUUCUUCAGAAGAAAUAGAAAUAUGUCUCUCCAAAAAGCCAUUUGUAAAAUUACAUGCAGAUGUUGAGAUGAUGAAGUCUUUCUUGGAAAGGCUUCCGACCAUUAAACAUGAAGAAAAUGAAGAUACAAAUGACAUACUUCGAUACGAUCGUGAAGUGCCCUAUAGUUUACGGUCUUUAAGGACUACCUCUUCUUCGAAAACAAAUAUAAAUUUAAGGAGGAGACAAACCAGAAGUAUAUCAAAACAGUCUCAGUUUACUGCAGAAUGCCGCACUAGAAGUAAACAGAUGGUCACUAAUUCUAAUAAAGUAGAUUCUAGCUUUGAGAAGUUUACCAUUGCCCGUCUUAAGUGUAAGGAAUGUAAAAUUCCUUUAAGAAGAUGCGAUGACAACACAAGAAAUGACAAGGUAUCUACAGUUGAUAUCCCAUUUAAGAAAAACGCAUCCCUUAAUGCUCAAUGUGAUCCCGUACCUCAAGAUGGAAAUAAUGGACGAAAUAAGAAACUAAAAGAGUUAGAGAUUUCUAUAGAACGUUUAUCACCUGUUCCAGUUGUGGAUCCUAUUGUAAAAGCGGAAACAGUAUCAAACGUCGAGGAAGAGACUGGCUUUUUAUGUAAAGUCUGUAAAAAAAGUUUUCCUUCAAAAUCGGCUAAACGUGAACAUAUAAAAUCAUUUCAUGUAGCGUAUAUGUCAAGCAUAUGCAAUGCACGAUAUUCAGUGAAACAUCAAUUGCUUCAGCAUUACUUACGCGAGCAUCGAUCGAAACACAAUCAAUGCUGCGUUUGUUUUGCAUUAUUUUCUGACUACAUAGAGUUGCAGCGACACUUGUGUAUUCACUGCUUGAAAUAUGUUCAGAAAGAGAACGAUCAGUAUCCAAUUGAUAUUGAAGUAAAGUGCAGGUCAAGCAAAAAGAAAUACAAGUGCCUUCAGUGUUAUAAAGUAUUUCCAUCGCAGUCGAUCUUGGAAAUGCAUCAAAGUUGCUGCAUCGUCAUUCCAAACGAAAGGGGCGAUGAAAAGGAUAUGGACAGCUUACCGAAAAUACUUUGUAAACUAUCUCCCAACAAAAAUGAUGAAGAAAUUAUGGUUAGACAAGAUGAUAAGAUUUCCCCUACCGAUUUAGUGAAGGGUCCUAGUGAAUGUUCAAGUAACAACUCUGAAGAAACUCGAAACAAGCAUCAGACAUCAUCAUCAUCAUCAUCAUCAUCAUCAUCAUCAGUUAAAGAAGAAUUGAAAAUUAGCGAAGAUAAUCGAAAGUCUUCUGUUAAUGAUAACAGUUCAAUUGUAAAAGAAAUGGGGACUGCUAACAAAUUACAAGACUCAAAAGAGUCCUCAGAAAAUGAUAAUUCUGCAAAUCCUGACCAAGAUACGCGUACACAAUUAGGUGCCACUGAUUCCAAAGCUACGGUCUAUCCAUGCGAUACAUGUGGAAAACAAUUUCAAAACCAGAGAAAUCUGCAACAACAUAUUCGCACUUUCAGUAAUUCUACCGACGUCUGUCCGAUAUGUGGCACCGCAUUCAGUUCAAAACGUCUUCUACAGUCACAUAUUACUGCGGCGCACGUGCCGCAAAUCUCUAACUCCUAUAGUUUCCAUUGCGUGUUCUGUAAUCAAGGCUUUGUUAAGAAAUGUAAACUUCGGCCUCAUGUGUUACACUUGCACAAUCAACAAAUGCUAAGUAUACUUGCAUCCGAUUCUUUUGUCGUCCAAGAGAAAUCUGAUACAUCAGCUUCCUAUACCACAAUAUGCAACGUAUGUAAUUUGGUAUUCGAAACGCAGGACCGUUACAUAGAACAUAGGAUGUACUAUUACAAAAAUCAUACUUUCACGUGCUCGCUGUGUACGCAAAACUUUCAGGGUAUGUACAUGUUUCAUCAUCACAAUAAACUUGUACAUUAUUCAGAAGAUAAGCGUAAAUCCUAUAGUUACAUCUGCGAAAUAUGUAAUGAGGGAUUUAAUCACGAGUCGCACUUCCAUUCGCACACUAUGCAUGUCCAUCUGAAUGAAGAGACUUUGGCUGACGCUGCAAAAGAACCUGAAGGAGAAAGUCAAGUUAAUUCUAUACCCGAAGAGAUGUUAAGAGAACAGAUUCUCCAGAACAAGAUCAUAAACUUGUUUGCGAAAGACCAAAAAGACUUUAAACAGUUGUCUAAUGAAUAUACUUGUCAUAUUUGUCAGAUAAAAUGUUCAAAUCUUGAUGAUAUGAUAAAGCAUAUAGCAUUGUAUUCCGAUGAUGGUGAUUUCAAAUGUGAUAAAUGUAACAGGCGAUGUGAAACACUUGAUAUACUUUCUCACCAUAAACAGUUAACUCACCAUUAUGAUGGACAUUGUAAUGGACAUCUAUGUGAAAAUUGUGGCGAAAUUGUGGAUACAAUUAUCUCAUUGGACUGUCACAAAAAACAUUUUCAUCCGAAUACCAAUGUGUACGAUAAUGCGAAAUAUAACAAUUAUGACCAGACGUCGUCUUCGAAUACUACCUGCACGCAGCGACAAAAUGAUUCUACUAAUAGUUUGGGGACUGUACAGUAUGAAUAUAAGAAGUAUAGAUGUUUAUUCUGCAACUUAAGAUUCACCUCUAUCGAUAUUGCCCGAAGCCACAUUACUAAGACCCAUAUUAAUGAUAUAUUAAGUAAUCAAGUUACAUCACAGAUUCUUCCAACUAUUCAUAAUGUUGGCAUUCAGGAGAAACCCAUUCCGCAACAGAUCGAAACUUAUCAAACACCAUCAUCCAACAAUAAUCAAACUCAACAAUUUAGCAGUGUUGUAAGGACUGUUUUGCCCAACAAGGAGAAAGAGUAUGAAAUUACUAUUAAAUCAUCAGACCCACUAAGAGUUGUUCCAACAUCUAGUAAUAUUGAACAGGGGAUUUUAACUCCUGUGACUCUAAAAGAAUCUGACACCAUUCCAACAUCUACGGUUCCCACACUAAGUAAGGAAUCCAAUGUUAACCCUUCAGUUCCUGUAUGCACUGAAUCGUCAUACAGUCACCAAACAAACAAUGGAGUUCUUUCAAAAUCUGGACUAGCUAAUAAAUCUACAAUUCCUGCAAAUUCUUCAGUGAAGAUAUAUAAAACUCUAAUUGCUGUGCCAACGUCUCCCCUUGCCAACCCAAAGUCAACCCUUGGAACUACAAAUUGGAGAUCUGUACAGAAGGAUAAUUACACAUGUCCUUUAUGCCCGUUAGAAUACCCAUCUUUAAUAUUCUUCCACGCUCAUAUGAGAUAUGCCCAUGCAGAUUCUAUUCGACCUGAUAUGAGGAGUCCACAGUUGAAUCAGUCAGAUCAGGAAAUUUCUAUAAUAGGAUGUUUGCUAUGUUUACACCGUUUUACUGAUGAAUCCACAUAUAAACAUCAUUUAAGAAAUCGCCAUGCCCAUUAUGUAUAUAUCCAAAAUCCUGAGGAGAUAAGAAAAACUGCUUAUGACAUAAGUUAUCCUGCUACAACAGAAAAAGAUAAUAAUAAAAGCAGCACAAAUUGUGAAAUUAUUACUAUAGAUGAUGACGACGAUGAUAAUAUAAAAAAUACUUCAGAUCAGCAUACACCACAAGUUGUUUCUGCAGCUGCUACAUCUGAAAAAAUUGGUAAAUUGAAGGUGAAAUCUUUCGCAAAGAUCGCAAAUUUAUCUACAGACCAUGCAUUGAAAGAUCCGUAGCAUGCGUAAAAUUUUUAUUUUCGAUAAAAAAGUUAGAGCUAAAUUGUGAAAAUGCAAGUUAGUGUCAUAUAUAGCAUUUAUAAAAUAAGUAAUAAUAAACUAUAGAAAUAUUAAUAACAUUGUUCUGAUAUCAAUAAGUCGUCACAAAAGACAAUUGAAUAACAAAGGAACCUAUUCAUGCAUUACAAUAUGUAGAUAUAAUUACAUUGAUUGAAUGCCCGUAUUAAUUUAUACAAAAAUAAAUGUUAUUCUAUAUCGCUAUUUAACUAAAUUUAUAUAUAUAUAUAUAUAUAUAUAUAAAUAAAUACGAUAUAAAUAAGGUAAACAAGUUAUGAAAUCUUUAUAUAUAAGUCAUAAUGCUUAAGUGCAUUUAUAUCCACUUAUACAUAAAUAAGCGAUUGGAUUUUCUAUUUCAAAAGUUUAUAUAUCGAAUGAUUACGGAUAGUUUAAUCACAGUAUAAAUAAGAACAGUAGUAGGUACACUCUGUGUCCACCAUGUUGUUGAUUCUGCUGUACGACAGACACCAAUAACUCUUUCUAGUUAUGUAAUAAUUUAUAUAAUACUAGGAUAAAUAUAUUAAGGGUUAGUUACCACAACUUUUACAUUAAGGUUUGAAUGUGUCAAUUCAUCACGUAGACCUGCAAUGCACAUGUAUGCUUAAGUUAUGAGAUUAUGUACUAGCAGACAAUCGCUAUAUUAGUUGUGCAUUCAUUUACCAACUUUUCGGGAGAGUGUACCUUGUUCUUUCUUAUACUGUGAUUUAAUCUUGUAAAUCAAUUAGUUUGUAAAAACAAAGUUGCUGUUCAGUACUGUCAUUAAACUGUUCCUAAAAUAAAGACUUAAGUGUUUUGAAGAUUUAAUAUUAUUUGUAACAUUUGUAAGAUUUGUUAAAACUAUUACGAAUGCUAUAUAUGAUUUUGUUUCUAGCGAUAGAAUUUCGAAAACUUCAGUUUUUGUAAAAUAACGCUGGAGAAUAUUAAAUAUUUGGGUGAUAUAGCUUUCUCAUUAUAACUUAGCUUUGUCGAAUACUAUAUUUUUAAUGUAUUAUCGUACUUUGUUUAUUAAUAGUGUAUUCUCUCUACAAACAAUACCAAACUUAUUAAAGAGAUUAUAAAUCAAUAAAGCUUUUAAUCCAUUCUCAUG